AAUUCAAGCAAACAUCAAAAUCUAUGUCCUGUUCAUAGAUUAUACACUUAAUAUAUUUGGUCCUGUUUUUAUUUGAUGAUUGAUUGUUACCUGUUAUGCAGUUAUUGCACAGUUAUUGCAAUAAGAUUAAUAAAAACGUACAUUCAUCGCUACAAUACGGUAUCAUACACAUCAAGUCUAUUAUGCAGAGUUAUUUGAAUAAAAAGUUAUGAGUGUAUCUAGUGAUCUUAACAUGUCAAGCUAUCAACUAUAAAUAAUUUCGUCAACAUGACAAAACGAACGAACCCUUUUAUCGAUGAUUUUCUUCCGCAAAGUAAAAUUCAUGUUAGUUUAAAAAAGUACGAUAAACACAGCACAGACAAUGAAAAACGACUGAAGAAAGUUUAUGAAAAAACCCUACAAAUGUUAUUUAAUGGCGCCAAAAAGGGUACAACUACUGAAACCAACAACAACUUGCAGGAUAGUAAAGUGAGAAAAGACAAAAAAAAACAAUUAUUUAUCGGCAAAGAUGGCAAUCUACUACAUUCUGGUUGUCUGAUAGAGACCCAAUCAAUAAGAAAAAACUGUCAUUGCGGUGUUACAUCAGAGACCAAGUGUGCAUAUUGUGAAUUUGUACUAUGUGAUUCAUGUCUCCACACCUGCGCUGGUUGUGAGCAGGUUUACUGUAACAAAUGCUUGUUUGUAGGGCAUGCAGCUGUUGGCUUCCAGGGCGGGCCCAGUCAGCAAAACAGGCACAGGACCGACUUGCAUAUUACAAGUAUACAUCUCACCUCAUGUUUCAGUAAUAUUAUCAUUGUUUUAUUUUAUUUCAGGUCAGAAGGUUCUGAAAUCUGUGUAUCCUGUUAUAGUUAAAAUAUCUUUAUAGAACUAUAGGAGAGACUUACCUUUAUAAUAUAUUAAUGAACAGACAUGUUGUUAUUGUAAUUAAAUAAUUUAAUAAUAAAAAAAUUAAAGUUACUUAAUAGAACCAUGUUUAUGUGUCAAAAUAAAAUUGCAAGAAAAAAACAAACCAGAAACAUUAUUUAUUAAUGACCCUGGACCUUAGUACGGAUUAGGGUUGGACUGAAAUGAAUAGUAUUUUUAGAUAAAUAAUUGGUUUAAUCCGCAAAGUAAUAUCAGUUGCUCGUGUUGGAGGGUUGACUGUUAUGUCUGGUUGUGCUGAAUGUGUACGAGCAGACUGACGGGCCGAACGCUGGCAGCCUAUUUUGUAAGCUAAAUUUUAGAUGUCCAACGCUGAAAGCUGCGCUCGUCUUGUUUUUGAUCUCGAACUUAAUUAAUUUUAUUUAUUUUUAUCUUGUUGUGUACAGCAGCUAGUAUACACACAUAUUAAACAACUAAUAUCGCAUUUAGAUGUUUAAAAAAAAUAUGAAACGUUUAUUAUUUCGAAGAAUAAAGAUUGUUUUGUGCACAGUCGUAUGGCAUCAUACGUAUUCAACUUGUUUAUGUUUCAGUAACAAAAAUAAUGUUUAUUAAAUUUACCGACGUAGUCGGAGUAAUAUUACUCAUGUGUAUAAUAUUUAGCCGACGCACAUCUGUUAAUUGAAAUGCAUAUAAUAAUAUGUAUAUAAUAAAAAAUAUUAUUUUUUACUUCUUUAACAUUGUUUUUAUUUUGUGAAUCGUCGCUUCGAUGAUAAUGAAUGAAAUAAACAUUUAAUGUCUGUUUAUAACACAUUUCGGAAAUAAUUCUUAGUUUUUUCAAUGGACAUCGGUUCUUAUUUUUAUGUGGUUUUGAAUAGAGGGAAUAUUAAAAUUUACUUAUUUUUUGUGCAAGGUUAAAAUAAAAGUAGUAAAAAUAAAUAGAUUAUAUAAAAAA